AUGUACACUCCUGGAAAGUUAGAUGCAGUUAUGGACUCGGACUUCGACCUCGGGUGCCUGCCUCUUCCUCGGCGCAUUCUCUUCUCUGAUGUCAAACAGGCUCUCUUCGAGGACGAGGACUCAGGACUUGGGAUGGACGAGUUGACGACAGUUGAGGAAGCAAGCAUGGGCACCAGGUCUUCCGUCCAAUCAUUGUUAGAGCGACCAUUUGCCAGCAUUUCGCCUUCGCCCUCCAUCCAUAUGAGACGACCCCUGAAAAGAUCCGAGAGGUUUGAGGAAACUGACGACGGCAGUCUGCGGAAACGGACGAAGUUUUCCGACGGUAGACGAACUCUCAAGAAGUCCCUAUCUUUUGGUGACAAUCCUCGAGGUGACCAAGAUGAGAUUAAAGCUGUCGUGGGAAGAAUGGUGGAUGCGUCGGAUCUUAUCGGAGACGGAAGCCAGACAUGCAGUCUUCCCACUAUUCCCGGCAAGCACUCCGACCUUAAGAGCAUCACAAAUGAUACGGUUGUUGACAUCAUUUCUGGGAAGUACGAUGACGUCAUUGGGAGUUGCCUCAUUGUCGACUGCAGAUACCCAUACGAGUACCAAGGCGGUCACGUGCCUGGUGCCAUUAACGUUCAUCGACCAGAAGGUAUCCAAAGAAUCCUGGAGCAACACCAGAGCAUGCGCGAUACGGCUGCCGGAAAACGUCACAUCGUCAUCUUCUACUGCGAGUUUUCCUCCGAAAGGGGCCCACGAAUGUGUCGCAAAGUGCGGGAGGCAGACCGUAACCUGAACAAGGAGAUCUACCCCUAUCUCAACUUCCCGGAAGUCUACGUCAUGCACAACGGGUUCAAGGCCUUCUACGAGACACACAAGACUUUAUGUGAGCCUCAGGGGUACACACCGAUGCUUCACAAAGAUUUCUCCGACGACUUACGUCAUUUCCGGUCCAAAUCCAAGUCCUGGAGUGGCGGAUCCAAGCGUCGCAGUAUGGGACAACGUCUUUUCUGAGUGUCCUUUUGCGUAUUAAACAACGUAGAAAGCACCGAUUCCAACUUUUCCGUCCAAGCCCUGGAACGUACUAUCCAAGCGAUGCUUUGUAGGACAGUACCUUUUCACUGUGCAUACUUUCUGUGGUACAAAACAUAAACUUUCUAAGAACAGUGAAUACUUGUACAGAAACGUUACAUGGUUCUACAAGUAACAUUAUGGAACAUGAUGUAAAGUCAAGUGCUAAACUGUUAUUUGUUAAAUGUCUGUUGUCUGUGAUAUACUUGUUUAUUGUUGAUGUUUGUUUUAUUUAUUGUUAAAAUAUAUUUAUGUUGCAUCCAAGUGCAAAUAAAAUUUUAUAAAAUGA